GGAGACUCAAGAGUGGGAUCAAGUCUUUCAGUUUGUGACCGACCCUGUCGAAGGCUCCGCAGUUCCCGGAAAGUCUGUUCUAGGGAAGACGUCCCUGUACGCUUCUUAUCCCCCUUCUCAGGUGCCCACUCCACCGGUGAGCAAGCGCAAUCAGAGUCUCUUUCUCUCCAGUCGGCUAACAAGCAUCUCUCUCCGCGAUGGAUCUUCCUGGAUCCGCCCUAAUCCUCUGCGACGGUACAGGCCUCGGACCAAGGGUCGCCUGGUGAGGCCAAUGCGGAGACAAACACCGUUGUCUCCGUCUCGACUACGUUCUCCUCCACCGCCAACCUUAACCCGCUCCCGCCUGAUCUCAUCCUCAUUUCCUCGGACGCCGUCUUCUUCUACGUCCACUCAAAUCAGGUCCUGGGCGCCUCUGAGAACGGCUUCCGCGGGCUGCUGCCCAUGAAGUCUCCGAAAGGCCCCCACCCUGCGCUCGAGGCUGUGGGUCUCUCUGAGGACCUCGGAUCGGUCAUUCUUCUUCCCGAGUCCGCCGCCACCCUGAACGUCGUCCUCCACAGCAUCUACAACCUUUCAUGUGCGCGGUACUCGCCUUCGCUCGACGUGCUCAUCGCGGCAGUCGACGCGCUCGCGCUAUACGGCGUGCCCGUCGCGCAGCACUGCGCGACCUCGACGCCGCUGUACGUGCUCAUCCUCGGGCACGCGCCACUCGCGCCGGUCGAGGUCUACGCGCUCGCGGCGCACCACGACCUGCACGACCUCGCCGUGCCCGCGUCCGCGCACUUGCUCGGCCUUCAGCUGUGGACCCUCUCUGACGAGCACAUCGUGCGCAUGGGCCCGCUGUACAUGAGGCAGCUGUUCUUCCUGCACCUGGGGCGGAUCGACGCGCUCAAGCGGCUCCUGUUGCCGCCUCCGCGCACGCACACGCCGACUGCGGCCUGCAACUCCGCAGAGCAGAAGAGGCUGACUUGCGCGUGGGCACUGGCCUCGGCGUAUUUAGCGUGGGAUGCCCGUCCAGACCAGUCGACGGGCGCGAUGGAGGCGACGCUGUGCCCGCUGGGAGAGCACCUGUCGUGCGGGGUGUGCAAGAAGAACUUGGCCGCGCGCAUCAAGCGGCUGGUCGUGCAGUGGUCGGACGUGAAGCGGACGAUAUGACGACGUCAUGUGUGAGCACCCCCCUAUCGCUACCCGCGCGCUGUCGCCGAAACUGCCUCUUUGGUCCUUCUUCCUUCUCCAGACCAGUACCAGACUACCAGUCGUCUGGCGGACAUGUCCGUUCCUGUGGGGAUCUGUGUUUCGGGAGCCUCCGCCUUAGAGCACAACCCAUUUCACGCCAUGUAUAAGUAGUACGACGGUACGAGUAGCCUUCCGGUGUGCAGAGUGCCAUCAGUGUAGUUGUACAUCAGUCACGAUACCCCGAGUCUACAGCUGUCUACAGUCUCGACGAAAUAGUUACGUAAGCUUCCCUAUGCACUUCACUGAAGUAAUAUCUUACCCGGUAACUUACUUACCUACUGUAUGCACGUUCGAUACAAUCCAACUAGACUCGGCUCCGCCAGGGUGCUGCA